AUGAAUGAUGGGGGAUUUGUGCGAGUUAACCAACUUAUUAAUCCUUCCUCAGCUACAUGGAAGGAAGAUAUUAUUUUUCGGCUUUUCGUUCCGGAUCAUGCACGGUGCAUUCUUAGCAUUCCUUUAUCAUGGACGAACAGGGUUGAUAAGUUGGUUUGGCAUCAAUUACAUGCGGGUACUUAUAAUGUCAGCUCUGGCUAUUUGUCAGCACUAGAAUUGAAGAAUCAAAGGAAAGCUCUACAGCGGAUGAGGGUUAUCGACGAUCCUAGCUGUCCGGUUUGUGGUUCUAACCAAGAAUCUGUUGUCCAUAUUCUUUGUAAUUGCCCUUUAGCUGUUCAAGCGUGGCGUUUGUCGCCUUUGCAUGAUCAAAGCAAUAAGGAAUGGCGUAUGUCGGUUGCUGCGGUCCUUAUGUGGUAUAUCUGGAAGUGUCGAAAUAGGGCUCUGUUUGACCAUAAGCUAGCUCUUCCUGGGGUGGUGUGCAAGUGGGCAAUGGAAUAUUUGCAAGAGUUCUUGUCUGCAAAAUCUUUAAACCCUCUAAAUAUUGUUUCAUCCGGGAAGGGUGCUGCAAAUUCAUGGAUUAAGCCUCCAGAUGGGAUCUUUAAGAUUAACGUGGACGGUUCAUGGAAGAAAGACAUGGGGAAAGGAGGCUAUGGUAUUGUGGUUAGAGAUUAUAGAGGUCUUUUUGUUGUUGCUUCUGUGGGUUUUUCAAAGUGGUGUGCAAGUUCAUUAGUUGUUGAAGCUUUGGCAAUUCGACAAAGUGUUCAUCUUGGCUUCCAACUUGGUUUGGGGUCUAUUUUCGUGGAAAGUGAUGCUCAAUUGCUGGUGAAGAUGCUCAAUGGCCAGGUUACAACCAAUCAAGAGGUGGAAAUAAUCAUUCAUGAUAUUCAAGCCUUAAGCAAAAAUUUCCAGUGCUACGGCUUUUCUUUUGUUCGUAGGACUGGUAAUUCGGUUGCUUAUGUGUUGGCAAGUAAAGGUUUGAGUGGUUCGGGGUAUAGUCUUUGGACUGAAUCCCCACCGUUGUGGUUACUUGGUCCCCUUUCGAGGGACGGGUCUUUCGUCUGA